CCGCGGCGCGCGACGCCCGCGGCGCCGCGGCGACCCUGGCCCGCUCGCAGGGCAGGCCCUCGGGGCGCGCCGCGGCGGGGCUGUCGCGGGUGCGCGGGUGGCUCUUCCUCGGGGGGGAGCGCGCGGCGCUGAGCGCGGCCUCCCUCGAGUCCCUCGCCAUCGGGUACGUGCUUAGCUGCUGCGAGCUGUCUGCGCCGCUGGCCAGCCCCGUUCCGUUCAAGAGGCGGCAGCUGUCCAUGCGCGACCACCCCUCGGAGGACCUACGCGCCCACCUCCCCAGCGCGUUCUCUUUUUUGGACGAGGCCAAGGGCAGCGGCGGCAGGUGCGUGGUGCACUGCUUUGCGGGCGUCAGCCGGUCGCCCGCCGUGGCCCUAGCCUACUUGGUGGUUCGCGAGCGACGGCCGCUCGCAGACGCCUGGGCGCUGGUCCGCGAGCGCCACACUGCCGCGAGGCCCAACCGCGGCUUUGCGGAGCAGCUGGUGGAGCUGGACCGGGAGACUCACGGCGCCGCGUCGGCGACGCUGGCCGACUUCGGCUUCGAUUGCGGCGGCAGGGGCCUCCCGGGCCGCGGCGCGCCGCGCUUCGACAAUAAUCAAAGCGGCCGGGUGCCACGCUGAAGCUGCAAGGUGCGGGGGAAAAACCGCGCGGCGUGGCGCCCGCCCACCAGGGCGCGGGGAAAGAGGCGGGGUGCAAGACCAGACCAGACCAGGGGCACGCACACUUACAGC